GGGGAGCGGCACGCGCAGGAUCCUUCAUGAGAUGAGCUCCGCUUUGGACUAGACGACACCAAAGGAGCGCGCGCACGCAUCUGCGCAGGACGCACGGACACAAACACGGACAGGUGCGAUGCCGUCCGCCCGCUGAGCCUUUACCCGGCCGGUCUGUCACUGAGGGCGGCGGGAGGAGGAGGACGAGGACCGGAGCGGAGCCGCGGAGCCCCCGAAGCAGGAACGGCACAGCGACGCACCGGCGACCGGCGGAGGAGCGCGGACCAUGGGCUCCGCGUCGUCCUCAUACCGGGUCAUUUACCUGGACGUGGACGGAAGGAUCCAGAAGGUGGUGUUCAGUCGCUUUUGCAGCCCAUGUGACAUUAAGGAGCUGUUCUGCACGGCACUUGGCGUCUCACGAAACACUAAUCUGUCUCUGCUGGACUCGACCGGAGCCAUGGUGUCCAUCGACCCCACUAUGCCUCACAACACUGAGAGGUCACCAUACAGAGUGGUUCCAGUGACCGGAGGACAAUUGGCUGAUAAAGAGGAACUGUUUCAGAAUGUACUGACGCAGGUGGCAGAGCAGUUCUCCAGGGCGUUUAAGAUCAACGAGCUGAAGACCGAGGUCACCAACCGCCUCACCAUGUUGGAGAAACGAGUCGAGCUGGAGGGGAUGAAGGUGGUGGAGAUAGAGAAAUGUCGCAACGACAUCAAGAAACUACGAGAGGAGAUGGUGUCGAGAAACAACAGUAACUUCCUAGAGGACAAUAAGAAACUGACUCCUCGCAGAGACGUCCCCUCGUAUCCAAAGUACAUCCUGUCACAACAGACCAUAGACGCACUCAAAAAACCCGCCUUCGACGUCUGGCUGUGGGAGGACAACGAGAUGCUCAGCUGUCUGGAACAUAUGUACCAUGACCUGGGUUUGGUCAAAGACUUCAACAUCAACCCCAUCACACUGAAGAGAUGGCUGUUGUGUAUCCAUGACAACUAUAGGAACAACCCCUUCCAUAACUUCCGUCACUGUUUCUGCGUCACCCAGAUGAUGUACAGUAUGAUCUGGCUCUGCAGCCUCCAGGAGAAGUUCACUCAGGUGGACAUUCUGAUUCUCAUGACGGCGGCUGUGUGUCAUGACCUGGAUCACCCAGGAUUCAACAACACGUACCAGAUUAACGCUAGGACAGAGCUGGCGGUUCGUUAUAAUGACAUCUCUCCUCUGGAAAACCAUCACUGUGCCGUGGCCUUUCAGAUCUUCUCUCAACCCGAUUGUAACAUCUUCUCCAACUUCGACCCCGAGGCCUUCAAACAGAUACGACAGGGAACCAUCACGCUGAUCCUCGCCACUGACAUGGCGCGACACGGCGAGAUCCUCGACUCCUUCAAACAGAAAGUCGACAACUUCGACUACACAGACGAGGAACACGUCACCUGUCUGAAGAUGGUGCUCAUCAAAUGCUGUGACAUUUCCAACGAAGUUCGUCCGAUGGAAGUGGCCGAACCGUGGGUCGACUGUCUGCUGGAGGAGUAUUUCAUGCAGAGUGACCGGGAGAAGACUGAAGGACUUCCUGUGGCUCCGUUCAUGGACAGAGAGAAGGUGACCAAACCCACGGCCCAGAUCGGAUUCAUCAAGUUCGUCCUCAUCCCCAUGUUCGAGACUGUGAUGAAGUUGUUUCCUCAGAUCGAGGAGGCGAUGGUUCAACCGCUCAGAGAAUCCAGAGACAGAUACGAGGAACUGAAACAGAUCGAUGACGCCAUGAACGAGGUGCAGAAGAAAAAAAGUGAGAAUCUGACCAUGGGAGGAAAGAAGAAGUAAACGUUUGAUAAGCACCAGUUGAGCGUAGAUCACCACAGUGAAGCAGUGUGACGUUGAUAAUCUGGUCUGGGCGGGUCGCGGCGUCCGCUUCGGGUCAGGGCGGAGCUUCCUCUGGCAGCGAGCGGAGGGGGUGGAGCUUUGUGACGUGACAGAGCAGCUUUAGACAAACUCCUGAUGGACUGGAGGACCACAUGGACAAUCUAAAACCUCUUCAGGGAACGUCUGCAUUUGUACAGCACACUUCACCCAGAACAACUUAGGACUUUGUUUUUGACAUGUGGUUGUUUUUUUUACAGCUUGUACAGAUUUUUAGUGACUUUUGUUCUUUCUACAAAAAAUAAAAUGAUU